CACAUGCUCUCUGCGUCCUUUUCGUUAUUCCAAAACCUAGGCUUCAAUAAAAACCAUAAAAAAAUGGCGAAAAAAAUUAAUAAAAGAAGCCUUUUUUUUUUAAUGCAUUAGAGUGUUGUUUCCUCUGUGUUUGGAGUUAUUUUUAUGUAUACAUUUCCACUGACAUUCUACAGAUCUUUGACUGAGUUGGGGUUUUCAUUGGUUCUGCAUUCUGAUUUCUCAAUACCCAUUAUCACCUGGUGGACAUUGAGUAAUGAGCUUGUAGGAGAUUUAGUUGGUUAUUGAGAUGGACAAGAGGAAUUGGUUGUGGAAAAGGCGAUCUUCUGAGAAGAGCAUUGGUGAAACUGAGAGUUCUGGUUCAUUGUCUUCACAUUCAGAGAGACACUCUGAUGAGCAGGAUCAAACUCCAGAUAACGACAACCAGUUACCGGAAGUAACCUCAAAAGUUGCAACUAUUGGUCAUGAAGCCAAGGAAAGUCCAAAGAAGUUGAUAGAAAAGCUAUCAGCUGCUCUAGUUAAUGUUAGUGCAAAAGAAGACUUAGUUAAGCAGCAUGCUAAAGUGGCAGAAGAAGCUGUUGCAGGUUGGGAAAAGGCAGAAAAUGAGGUUGCAGUUCUAAAGCAGCAACUUGAGGCAGCUGUGCAACAGAACUCGACUUUGGAUGUUCGCGUCAACCAUCUUAAUGGUGCUCUCAAGGAAUGUGUCAGACAGCUGAGACAAGCUAGAGAUGAGCAAGAUCAAAGAAUUCAAGAUGCAGUGGUAGAGAAGGAAAAAGAAUGGGAGUCUGUAAAAGCUGCACUUGAAAAUCAGCUACUUGAGCUCCAAACACAAGCAGAGGCUAGUAGAACUGGUUCUCCUGUUUCUACUGAUCCGAAUGUUCUUGUCAGGCUCGAGUGUCUAGAGAAGGAGAACACAGCUCUCAAACUUGACCUUUCAUCUCAUUCAGAGGAGUUGCAAAUUAGGAGCAUAGAGAGGGACUUGAGCAACCAAGCAGCAGAAACUGCUAGUAAGCAGCAGUUAGAGAGCAUAAAGAAGGUGACCAAGCUUGAAGCUGAGUGUCGAAGACUACAAGCCUUGGCUCGCAAAUCAUCCCUACUCAGUGACCAAAGAUCUUCUGCUGUUUCAUCUUUCUCUGUUGAGUCCUUCGCCAAUAGUCAAUCCAGUAGUGGAGAUCGACUGAAGACAGUCGACACUGAUAGCCACAUGCUGCGCAAACUGGAAACAAGUGAAUGUGAUCAUAGUUGCUCUGAUUCAUGGGCAUCAGCACUAAUUACUAAGCUCGAUCAAUUUAAGCACGACAAAGCUAUGCCUAAAACUCUUGCUGCCCGGUCUUUGGAAAUUGACAUGAUGGAUGACUUCUUGGAGAUGGAGAGGUUCGCUGCAGUAUCUGAAACUGUGAAUAAAGCCUCUUCACUUACAUCUGAUGCUGUUGCCGAUGACUCAUCAAGUGAAGAGAAUCCCCUGGCAGGAGAAUGUGAGACCCUUUCACAAAGGGUGGUUGGAUUAGAGCAAAAGCUGGAGAAGAUUGAAGCAGAGAAGGCUGAACUGGAAAAUGCUUUAAGUGAGAGCCAAGAUGCCCUUAAGGUGUCCGAUUUGCAGCUUAAGGAUGCUCAAAUCAAGUUAGAAGAGCUGCAGAAGGAGCUAGAUGCAGUGAAUGAGUCAAAAGAGUUGCUUGAAUUUCAACUUUUUGGCAUGGAAGUAGAAGGAAGGACUAUGUCUGCAAACAUUGCUUUUUUAAAGACAGAAGUUGAAAGAGAACGAUCCUUGUCAUCUGAUAAGGAAACUAAGUGCCAGGAAUUGGAACAUGAACUACAAAGAAAAUCCCAGGAAUUUGAACUUCAACAAGCUUCUAGUUCAAAUGGUGAAUUGAAAAUAAAGCAGGAGGAUUUAGCUGUAGCUGCUGACAAGCUUGCAGAAUGCCAGAAAACAAUUGCAUCCCUUGGGAAACAGCUUCAAUCACUAGCCACUUUAGAAGAUUUCUUGAUAGACACAGCAAAUCUUCCUGGAUUUUCUGGGGAAGGAUCAGUUGUGGCUGGAGCUAGUGGAGAGGAAUGGAAGUUACAUGUAAACGAGACAUUUUCCCGAAAAAGCAAUUCAGAUUCUCCAAAGAUUGAGAAUUCUAGUCAUUCUAUGAACGGAAAUGAAGGAGAAUCAUCCUCUUCUUCGUCAUCAUCAUCUACUUCAUCAGCUACUCAAGUGACAACUUCUAAAAGUAGAAACGGUUUUGGAAAGUUGUUUUCUCGAAGUAAGAGUGGAAUUCAGCUCUAA